UUUCUAGGAGACCGAGCUUGCCGACUGCGCCUGCGCGGUUGACGCUCUCCGGGGCGGCCUGACGGACAUAGGCGCUGGCCGGUUGAGGGAGUUCCCCCUGGCUCAGAGUUGCUGUCGCCGUCCGGUGCCUUCGCUACAUGGUACGCCAGUGAGGCCGGCGGCCGACAGACGUUCCUCAGAAUGGAGCACAUCCGUACGACCAAGGUUGAACAAGUAAAAUUGCUUGAUCGAUUCAGUACCGGCAACAAGUCAUUAACAGGAACACUCUAUCUUACAGCCACACAUCUAUUAUUUAUAGACUCUCAUCAAAAAGAAACCUGGAUAUUACACCACCAUAUUGCCUCAGUAGAGAAACUUGCCUUGACUACUUCUGGAUGCCCACUUGUGAUUCAGUGCAAGAACUUCAGGAUCGUGCAUUUUAUUGUUCCCAGAGAAAGAGAUUGCCAUGAUAUUUAUAACUCUUUGCUACAACUAUCAAAACAAGCAAAAUAUGAAGAUCUAUAUGCAUUCUCUUAUAAUCCAAAACAAAAUGAUUCAGAACGAUUACAAGGUUGGCAACUCAUUGACCUUGCUGAGGAAUAUAAGAGGAUGGGAGUGCCAAAUUCACACUGGCAGUUAUCUGAUGCCAACCGAGAAUACAAGAUUUGUGAAACUUACCCCAGAGAACUUUAUGUUCCCCGGAUAGCAAGCAAACCAAUAAUUGUUGGUAGUUCCAAGUUCCGGAGCAAAGGAAGAUUCCCAGUUCUUUCCUACUAUCAUGAAGAAAAGGAGGCUGCCAUUUGUCGAUGUAGUCAACCACUGUCAGGAUUCAGUGCCAGGUGCCUUGAGGAUGAACAUUUGCUUCAAGCAAUUAGUAAAGCCAAUCCAGUCAAUCGCUACAUGUAUGUUGUGGAUACCCGGCCCAAACUGAAUGCGAUGGCCAACAGAGCAGCUGGAAAAGGUUAUGAAAAUGAAGACAACUAUUCUAACAUUAGAUUUCAGUUUGUUGGAAUAGAAAAUAUUCAUGUUAUGAGGUCCAGCCUUCAGAAAUUAUUGGAAGUCAAUGGUACCAGAGGGCUUUCUGUCAAUGAUUUCUACUCUGGAUUGGAAAGCUCAGGAUGGCUUCGCCAUAUCAAAGCUGUUAUGGAUGCCGCAAUCUUCCUAGCCAAAGCAAUAAUGGUCGAAAAUGCAAGUGUAUUAGUACAUUGUUCUGAUGGGUGGGAUAGAACUUCACAAGUGUGUUCCCUUGGUUCACUUUUAUUGGAUUCCUACUACAGGACGAUCAAAGGAUUCAUGGUUUUAAUAGAAAAAGAUUGGAUCUCAUUUGGACAUAAAUUUUCAGAGAGGUGUGGCCAUUUGGAUGGUGACCCAAAGGAAGUUUCACCAGUGUUUACUCAAUUCUUGGAAUGUGUGUGGCAUUUGACGGAACAGUUUCCACAAGCAUUUGAAUUCAAUGAAGCAUUUCUUCUUCAGAUUCAUGAACACAUUCAUUCAUGCCAAUUUGGAAACUUCCUUGGAAAUUGUCAGAAGGAAAGAGAAGAACUCAAGUUGAAGGAGAAAACUUACUCCCUGUGGCCAUUUCUUUUGGAUGACCAAAAGAAGUACUUAAAUCCUCUCUACAGUUCCAAAUCUCAGAGGUUUACAGUUUUGGAACCAAAUACAGUAUCUUUCAAUUUUAAGUUUUGGAGAAACAUGUACCACCAGUUUGAUCGAACAUUGCAUCCAAGGCAGUCUAUAUUCAAUAUAAUUAUGAACAUGAAUGAACAAAAUAAGCAGUUAGAGAAGGAUAUUCAAGACCUAGAAUCUAAAAUUAAGCAGUGUAAAAAUAAGCAAUCAGAUGGUGUCCUCACCAAGGAAUUAUUACAUUCAGUUCAUCCAGAAUCACCUACCCUCAAAACUUCUCUGUGUCUUAAAGAACAGACUCUACUACCAGUGAAUGAUGCGCUUCGAACUAUAGAGGGCAGCAACCCAGCAGAUAAUCGUUACAGUGAUUAUACAGAAGAGUUUUCCAAAUCGGAACCUGGUGUGGUCAGCUUAGAAUAUGGUGUGGCAAGAAUGACCUGUUAGACUUUCCAAGUGUUUUUCUGGACUGAACAUAGAACAAGAAAUGAAUUAUGGUGAGGAUGGUCUAUGUGCCAUGACCAAAGGGGAGUUAGAAUGGGAUUUAACAGUACAUGAAUGGCUGAAGAAAGGAAAUUAACUGCUCUUGUAAGAAAAAUAAGUCAGUUUAAUUGGAUUUCUAGCAAGGAAUGACAUUCAGUUCUAUAAGAAAUGAGUGGUAUUUGCCAUAUUUACUUAAAACACAAUUUGCACUGUACACUAGUGAAUUGACAUUUCUGUAUGGUUUAUAUGUUAAUUACAGCAAAACAUGAAUAGCUUUCCUUAAUUGUAACUGUGAGGUAAGAAAACUCAACAAAAUGAUCUCUUAAUAAUUAACAUGGCAUGUACUUUUAAUUAUGUAACUGUGCAACUAUGAAUAUUUACAUAUUCUGCCUUUUAGUGAUGUUUAAUAUUGAAGUGCCAUGAAAAAUAUUUCUAAGAGAGCCUUAAAAUAAAUUCUCAGUUUAUUAUUUAUCUUUAAGUUUUAUAGCCUAGAACAAGAUGGGGUUUGCUUUGUUUUUCUAUUGAUCAACCUCAUUUAGUUUGUAAAGAAUUGCACUCUCAUUACUGCAGGGGUUGCAUGCAUCAAUACUCCUGAUAAACAGUUGCAGAAGUACUGUUUAAUUCAUGUUUAGCCAGUCCUAUUUCCAUAUUCAAAAUUAAUGAAAUUUAAGGUCUUAUACUGAUUGUAAUUUGUUUAGUGCUACAUUUGAUGAUUUAUUACUUGUAGCUUAGAUUAUUGAUUUCUUGAAUACAUACAAACACAUUUUACCGUCUUUUAUAUAUGGAUUACUGCAUUCUAUUGAUUCUUAUUUUGUGGUUGGCUUUAAUCCUUUGAUAACUGUGUAAGUGUAAAGAGCUAAACCCUAAAAUUGUUCUUAGAAACAAUGAAUAGUACACAUAUAUAUUUUUAAACUGCCUUACCUUCCAAUGAGUUGCUAUUCCUAGAAUAUUUAACUUUCAGUGUACCCAAAAACUUUGGGGUAAGUAAAAAUGGAAGUAGACAGAUAGUUUUAGAUUAUGCUUGGCUGCAUGAAUUCUAAAACAGUCAUUUCUAUGUGGAACUUUUUUUUUUUCCCCUAUGUUAAAGGAAAAAAUGGACACCAAGGGGAGCCUAGGUAAUAUUUAACAAAAGCAGCUAAAACUCUGGAAGUGUUUCAUUUUGCCUUGUUAACUGUUUAUUCUAUGUAUUAGUACGUAUCUUUAAUAAGCAAGCAAGCAAGCAAACAACAACAACAACAAAUCAAUUGCCAUUGGCAAUAUCACACAUCUGGCUUUAAAAUCAAAAAUUUAAAUUAGCUGGCUGGCAUGAGGUACAUACAACUCAAGGGUACUAGGAAAUUUGCAUAGGAUUCCUCAUGCAUCUCUUUAUUACACCUAUAUCUAUUGUUAGCUUUGAAUGUAAGCAUCUUUUUCAAGUGAAAGAAAGUUUUAUUGUAUGUGAGCUUACCUAAUCCUGUUUAUUUUUCAAAUGUAGUUCUGUAAUACUGUAUAAGAAAAAUACUGGUUUUUAAACGGAAAUAUAACUUGUAAUAUGUGAUUAACCAAUCCUACUUACAGAUGUAAGCACUGGGAAAGGAAACUUUAUGACCACAAAGGGAAGCUUUUGUGCCUUGGUUCUAGUCAUAUUAUGGUUUAAGAAUCUUCCAUGGGCAGAGUUCUUAUAUUCCACUCUCUGGUUUAUUAUCUUAAUUUUCAAUUUAGACACGUGUGUGUGUGUGUGUGUGUGUGUGUGUGUGUGUGUGUGUGUAUACUCACACAUGGACUGAGAAAUCAGAUAACAUCCUGAGUAUAAGGGUAUA